GACUGGCGCGUUACCGUGGCAGAAGUAAGUACUGUUUUGAGCGUUAUUUAUUAUCGCAAGCGUUGUUGACAUAUUAUUUAACUAACGAAGGGAAAGUUGCUUUUUCACUAUUUAAAUGGCAGGUGAAGUUAUCGUUGACGCCCUACCCUAUAUAGAUCAAGGCUAUGAUGAACCGGGAGUUAGAGAAGCGGCAUUGGCUAUGGUCGAAGAAGAAACUCGUCGAUACAGGCCAACUAAAAAUUACUUAGAACAUUUACCACCUUUAAAUAUAAAUGCUUUUGAAACGGAUGUAAUGAAACAUGAAUUUGAACGAAUGCAGAAUCGUUUACCCAUGGAAGUACUUAGCAUGAAGCGUUACGAGUUACCUCCACCACCCCCAGGCAAGAUGAAUGAUCUUGCUGCGUGGAAUGAGAGUGUAGAAAACAGUAGUGCGCAGUUGGAACAUCAAGCUACAAGAAUCUGUAAUCUUGAAUUGAUGAUGGAAUAUGGAUGCGAAGCUUGGAAGUCUUACUUAGAAGUAUUAGUACAAUUAGUCAGUCAAGCACAGAAGCAAUUGCAGUCGUUAAGGAAGAAAAUUCAAGAAGUUAAUUGGCAAAGGAAAUCAAUGCAAACUCAAGGAGGAGAAAAAUUAAGAGCAUUAGAAGCUCAGUGGGUUGGAUUGGUAUCAAAGAAUUAUGAAAUUGAACAAGCUUGUGUUCAUUUAGAGGAAGAAAUACAGAAGUCCAUGAUGAAUAAAGGAGAGGCUGUUGAAAUCAAUGAUGUCCCAGGUGAGGAAGAACCUGAUGUUCCAGGAAAAAGUGCUACAGAGGUCAUGGCAACAGAAAUGAAUCAGCAAGAACAAGAAAAUCAAAGAUCGUGAAUAAUCAUCUAAAAAGAUAUGUAUAAAUUUGUAAAUGCGUUUUAUAUAUAUAUGUUUAAAUACAUUAACUAUUUAAGUGCAACUGAUCAUUUCUAUACCAACUCUUUGAAUAUACUGUACACAUGCGCGCGUACUAUUGCGCAUAACCUUAAACGUGACUUUACUAUCAUGGUGUUUGUUAGUUGUGAAGCAUUCGUCUAGUUGAAGAAAAUUAUAUAAGAAAUUAAUGAAUAAGUGGGUACAAGAGGUUAUAAAGCAAAAGAAGCAUAAUUGAAGAAUAAUUGCAUUAACGGAAAAAGAAAAGUGAUUAAAAGUAAAUAAUC